AGUGUUGCGUAUAAUGUCCACGGCGUGCGUCAAUAAUUGCAAGCUUUUGAAAAGUAUCUGUUUGAACAUUUCUGGUGCUAUCAAAAGGAGAAAAAUGAGUAUUAACAAUAAUGACAUUGGUUCGAAUUCGUACGACGAUGCAGUCAAAAUGUUGAACUCUUUGCAAAGCUUUACUUCCAAGUUAACCCGACAUCCAGGAAAUUUGAAAUUAGGACAGGUGAACACAUUUUUAAAUAGAUGCGGUGUAAGUUAUGAAGAUUUGGACCAGCUUUCAGUCAUUCAUGUUGCUGGGACGAAAGGAAAAGGAUCCACAUGUGUUUUUUGUGAACAAUUGUUGUUGCAUAAAGGUUAUCGUAUUGGCUUAUUUACCUCUCCACAUUUAAUCUCUGUCAAGGAAAGAUUUAGAAUUAAUGGAAAAGUAAUUUCUGAUGAUAAGUUUGUGUUUUAUUUUUGGAGUGUUUACAAUAAACUAUUAUCAAAAAAAAGCAAUGAAGAAGAACUACCAGCUUAUUUCAUGUUUUUGACUGUUAUGGCAUAUACAAUGUUUGUUAAUGAAAAAGUUGAUGUUGCAAUCAUAGAAACUGGAAUUGGUGGUGAAUAUGAUUGUACAAAUAUAUUAAGAAAAACAUCAGUUGUUGGAAUUUCAUCACUAGGAUUUGAUCAUACAACUGUACUAGGGAAUACUUUACAAGAAAUUGCUUGGCAAAAAAGUGGAAUUAUGAAGCCAAAUUCUGUAACAAUUGUCGCUAAUGAUCAACCUAUAGAAACACAUCAAAUAUUAAUUGAACGUAGUGUUGAAAAGCAGACAGCAUUAUUGGAAGCUCCGCCAUUCAACAAGUACAAUUGGUAUGAAAAUACUUCAGAAUUAGGAGUUUUAAGUACAGCACAAGAGAUAAAUGCUUCACUUGCUAUUCAACUGGCUAAUGCAUGGAUUAAUCGUAACAAUAAAUAUGACUGGUUAAAAGAAUGCAAAAUUGGGCCAAGUGGUAUGAAACAAGCUCCAAUCUGGGAAAUUAAUAAACAAGAUAAACAAGCAUUAAGGGAUGUUAAGUGGCAUGGUCGCAAUCAAGUAUUAAACAUAACACCUAAUUUAUCAUAUUUCUUGGAUGGAGCCCAUACAAUCGAGAGUAUCCAGUUAUGUAGUAAAUGGUAUCAAAAUAUUUGUUCGAAUUCGAAGUCACAAUUGAAUAAAAAAAAUAUUUUAAUAUUCAAUGUCACAGCAUUAAGAGAUUACUCUACAUUUUUAAAUAUACUAUUUUCUGAAAACAAAAUAGAUUUAGUUUUGUUAUGUCCAAUAGUUACAUUGAUUAAUAAUCGUCGUCCAGAUACUGUUGAUAUGAAUUUCAAUUAUGAAGAAGAAUUAGCCAAAUGUCAUAAUAUGAAAAAUUGUAUAGAUAUUUGUGAUGUAGAAGUAUUUAAUUCUAUCCAUGAAACUGUUGAGCAUGUUAAAAUUUGUAGCUCUUCUGAAAAAAAUAUAAACUUUCAAGUUUUAGUAACUGGUUCAUUAAAACUUGUUGGAGGAGUUUUAGAGGUUCUUCAAUCAUGAUACAUAUAUAUUAUAAAUGAACCAAUUCAACAGAAUAUUAGUUAUUAUUAAUCAAAUGUAAACAUUUUAUAAUUAGAAUUAAGCGAUAUGUUUGAAUUAUUAUUAUAUUUUAAACUACUAAUA